AUGACCACUCUGGACGACUUGAACAUUGUUGUGGCUCCAGUACAAGCCAAAGUACAACCAAUCAAUAGGAAGAAGAACAACAAAUAUGAGAAACGUCGUCGAAAAGCCAAGAUUGCCAAAGAAGAAGGAAACGUUUCCACCGCCGCAACCACAGCUCCAACGACAACGGAUUCAUCUACAACUACGGUAACGAAGACAGAACCUCAAAAAGUUACAGCUCCAUCGAAGGAGAACACUCAUGAAAUUACUGUUGAGGAGAAAACCACUCCAGCUGAAACUACACCAAACAGUACAGAAAAGAAAGUCGACGAUUCGUCUGCAGAACCCAAAGCUGUCAAGGAAGACAUUGCCAAGAGGGACAAACACAGUAGGAAGAAACAGGACUCAACAGAAAUCAGCGAUGACAAAGUCACACCAGAAGAACCAGCAGUUCCACUCAAGGCUUCUCGCCGCAACCGACCAAAGCCCCAAGAAGGCACGGAAGAAAGUGAGGAAGAUCAUGCCAAAUACUUGGCCAAAUAUCAUGCUCGUCCCAUGGAGCUAGAUCGACGAUCAGGAGCCAGAGGGGUAACGAGAGUCUCCAAAGCAUCCUCUCACAUCUUCGAUGCCCAGGAAUGGGACUCGCUCAAUAUUAACUCUCGAAUGACGGAGUCGUUGAAAUCCAGAUUUGAACUCAGCAGCCCGACAGGAAUUCAAGCCAAGACAAUUCAAACCUUUCAGGACAACCCCGAAAACAAUGUACUUGUCCAUUCAGAAACAGGAUCCGGUAAAACACUGGCGUACUUGCUUCCCAUUCUACAGCUGUUGGGGUACGGUGGAUUUUCCAAAACUGGUGAUGCGAAAAAAAAAACUCGCAAAGAAUUGGGAACCAAAUGCCUGAUCUUGUGUCCAACACGAGAGUUGGCGAGUCAAACGCUACAAGUGUUGGAAAAGCUGUGUCAAGCCAACUUUGCGGGAUGGAUUGUUCCUGGCGGACUCCUGGGUGGAGAUUCAAGAAACUCGGAAAAGUCGAGAAUACGAAAAGGAUUGGGAGUCAUCGUUGCAACACCCGGUCGGUUGCUGGAUCAUCUGCAAAAGACGGAAUCGCUGCUGUUGAAUCUGAAGGGCAAGCUAGAAUGGUUGGUACUCGAUGAAGCUGAUCGACUUUUGGACAUGGGAUUGGGUGACCAAGUGAGACAGAUUGUACAAAUUGUUCGGUCGAAUGAAGCAUCCAAGUCCAAGGCUUGGUUGAGAUCUGUGCUGAUUUCCGCGACAGUUACACAAUCGGUGCAAGAUUUGGCUAGUGAACGGAUAUUGUGUGGCGAUCAAAAGUGGAUCUGGGUGAAGGGAGCCAAAUCCAAGCCCGGGCAGGACGGUGGAGCCAUAGGUGAUAAUGUUGAAACGGACAACGGAUACUCAGCUUCGACACCAAAACAGUUGGCACAGUUCCAUAUUUCUGUUACCGCAAAGCUUCGCUUAGCAACACUUGUCGCUUUUUUGGUACAACGCGUCAAGAAGGGCGAAAGAGUAGUAGUCUUCAUGGGAACGUGUGCAACUGUGGACUACCACUACGAACUCUUCAAAGCGUCGGAAAGCCUAUGGGAAAAUGAUAGUGAUUCGGAUUCCUACGGUUUGUUUGGAAGCAAAGCGAGGGUAUUCAAACUGCAUGGCAGCGUGGCGCACUCUCGAAGAAACCAAGUCCUAAAGAACUUCAAUGGCAUGAAAGAAUCUGCGAUUCUGUUAUCAACCGAUGUCUCUGCUCGUGGACUGAACUUGAAAGGUAUCGAUUGGACUGUGCAAUAUGAUCCUCCUUGCGAAAUUUCCGACUAUGUCCAUCGAGUUGGGCGAGUGGCCCGGGCUGGCAAGGCUGGUCAUUCUUUACUAUUUCUGUUGCCAUCAGAACGUGCUUACUUGGAUGUUUUGAAGACCAUGGGUAUCGAUGAGCUAACCCCACUUUCGCUAUCGAGCACAUUGAAUCAAGCUGCAUCCGCUUGUAAAUCCUUGUCGUUGGAGGGCAUGAAGAAUGGUGGUGGUGGUUCCAACUUUGGGAAGGAGAAACCCAGCAGUCGUUUGGGAGAAUAUUUUGCCAUAGAAAUCCAACGUCGAUUCGAAGAUUGUGUCAUUAAAGAUGACAUUGAAGCCAAAAAGGACAAGAAAGAAAAAGACAAGAAACGAAAACGUAAGAAAGAAUCUUCAAUGAAGAAUGAAGGGCUUCUCAUGGGGCUCGCAAGAGAUGCUUUCAUGAGUUUCCUGAGAGCCUAUUCCACAAAGAAAGAAGCCGCUGUUCGAUCUAUUUUCUCUGCCAGAGCACUACAUGUUGGACAUGUAGCAAGAUCUUUUGCUUUAAAGGAGCCUCCAAAGUCUUUGGUGUCUAAACAUCGCCAAAACAAGAAGGAACAAGAACAAGAAAACAUGGAUGCAGAAGCCAAUAAACCAAAGUCAUUGGCAUUCCACUCUUCUGGUGGUAGUAAUGCAGCAGGACGCGACGACGAGGAGGAUGUAAUUCCGGAGAGUUAUGAUAACGCCGUGAAGGAAAUAGAGGAAACUCGAGUAUUUAAGCGGCCGAAAUUUGGUGGUGACAAAGAUGGUGGGAAGGCAAGGAAUGCCAAAUCGUUGUUACUUGCCAAUGCUUUCAAAAUGCAAAACAAUCUCAUGGAUUCUAUGUAA